UACCUGAAGAAGUAUUGGAGUGGGAUGUAGCUGCACGCUCUAGUUAUGUAGACUGUGCUUUAAAAGGAACCCGUACAAUACACAGGGCUAGAGCAAUGCUCGUGGGUUGUGCAGGAGCUGGCAAAACUACUCUCCUCAACAGAUUACAGAAGAAAAGUUUUAAAGAAAUAAAAGAAAUCCAAUCAACAGUGGGACUAGAAGUCCAUGAAGAUAUAUUUGAAAUAGAUUCCGAAAACAAUGCUCUAAAAGAUAUUAACGACGCCACAGAUACAGAUGGAAAACUGUUACUGAGUAUUGUUGACUUUGGCGGGCAAUGUGCCUAUUAUGCCUGUCAUCAGGUAUAUUUAAGUAAACGAGCAUUUUAUAUCCUUGUUAUAGACAAGUCCAAAUCAUUUGACCAGCAACUUGACAGAAACCUAUGUGAUCAGGAAGGAACUAUGUUUUCUGACUGGACUUACGGAGAGUAUAUCAUUUUCUGGUUGAAAUCUGUUCACACGUACUGUGAAGAUGACACACCAGUUAUUACCAUAGCCACACACUGUGAUGUUGAACAGGAUAAGGUGUGUUCAGUGUAUGAUGAAUUACUAGAGCUCCUGCAAUAUGAAACUGGCUUGAAGAAGCACCUGGAUCGUUCAAGAUGCUUCAGUAUUGGAUUCCCUAUGAAUGAAAAUGAAAGACUAGGAACACUCUUGGAAGUUGAAAACUGCCUUGCCAAUAUUGCCAGGCAAGAGAGAUGGAGAGAAACAAUUCCCAAAGAUUGGGCAUACUGUGAAGUUGUCUUGAGGAGUAAUAAGCAGAAAGGACAGAAACUUAUUUCAUUAAAAGAUUUCAGAAAACAGGUUGCAAUCAAAAAGACGGGAAAAGACAGGGAUACGUGUGAUGUGUUGCGAUUAUACAAUGAUUUUGGCAUCAUUCUGUAUUUUAAUGAAAACAAUUUGAGAGAAGUUGUAGUAACAGAUGUGCAAUGGUUUGUAGACUGUUUUAAGUCUAUCAUUACAGAUCCCAUGCAUGUUAGAGACUUAGUUCAAAAUGACAAAGACUGGCAGUAUUUCUAUAAUAGUGGCUAUCUUUCCGAUGGUCUUUUAAAAAGAAUCUGGAAAAACCAGAAAAUGGACAUUAAAAAAUGCUUUUCAGCAUUGAAAUACAUGCAACGCCUGGGUUUGGUUGCGAUUGGAAAAAAAAUGCAUUACAUUGCAUGUAUGAAUAAAUUAGAAUUCACACAUGAACUGAAAUCUCGCGUUUGGUCCUUGGAGGAGAAAACAUCAGUGUUGGUGUUCAAUUUUAAGUUCCUUCCAAAUUUUUUUUAUUUUCGUCUUGUUGUUGCAUUGAUUGUGGAGGAAGCUGAAGACAGCAAAUGGACAGUGAUUGAAGACAAUGGACAGAAGUGUUUGUUUAAGAAUGUAGCAUGCUUCAAACAUAAGGAACAUAUCAUUAUUCUUGCACUCCAAAUAUCAUCCAUUCAAGUGCAGAUUUUUAGAAUGGGGGAAAACUGUCUUGUUUCUCCAAUUACACUUAACAUUAGAAAGAAGGUUGAAGAUGUUUUGAAGAAACUGACUAAAAACUUCCAUAAGAAAACAAUUUACACAGUUGGAUUCCAAUGUUCCACGAAGAACGUUCUUGAAGAAUGUGUCACAUCUUUCCUGCCUGAAGAAGCCAUAUGUGGGAAAGAAAAAUUUUCAUGUCCAAAUCAUGGACUGCAAAACUAUCAUGAGAUAGAUCCAGUUGACAUUCUUUGUUACUGGAAACUUGGGUAUUACCCAGGCUACUACUCCAAGAAUGAUGCAGGGAAUCUUACUGAAAAUGUCCUGUCUGAGAUGGAUCUGGUGAAAUUAACAAAAGUGGUUGGACCCAAAGAAUUGGAGUUAGUCGCUAAGUAUCUUGGUUUGACACAGAUACAAAUUGACACAUUAGAAAUGGAAAACACUUCAAGAUCUAUUCAUACUCUGAUCCACAAAAUUUUUCUUGCUUGGAAGAGGAAAGCAAAGCAAAGAGCAACUAUGGAAGAACUGGAAAAGGCUUUUCAGAAUGCUGAAAGAGAGGCAGAUGCAAAAAUAGAUUGGAACAAUUUCCAGAAGGUCAAAUCUGAUAUUCUGAGGAAAAGAAACUCUUUUUGAAGGAUAUGUGGCCUUGAAAUAUUAAAGGCAUUAAGUCAUACUCUAUUCAUAAUUUUCUACUUUCUCAGAGUGUCAAAAUUUCUAAGAUGUUAAUUUUUUAUACUAAGCUGGUAUUGAUUAUUUUUUUUAAAAAGGACAAGAUAGGCUUAGCCCCCUUUUUGGCCCUUGGUUGGGGUUUCUUUUAAUAUGAUGUAACAGUUAUAAAAAAAACACCCUGUUGUCACCCCUGCCACAAUUGUGUUAUGAUUUUUACAUCAAAUAAUAUAGGCCAGAUUGAGCCAAUACUAUACCUUGCCCUUUGAAAGAUUUUUGAAGUGUAUAUUUUUUUAAAUUGAUAAAAAUGUAAAUCUAGAAUGUUGUUUAAAGUUUGAGAAAACCUUG